AAAAAGAAAGAAGAAAAAAAGACUACAACACGGAAGUAGGAUUGUAGACGACUUUAUUUUCAAUUGCUUAUGUGGAGAAAAUAAGACCCACUGGCUGAGCAGAAUAGACUGCAGAACUAUAAUUCGACUAAACAUGUCUAAACUACAGCUGUUGCAUGUGUUUUUAAAUGAGCGUUUAACGGCGGCUGUUGUGGAGAUUGUCGGGGCAGUUGAGAAAACGGUGGCGGAGUACCAGGAGGAGAAUGAUCGGCUACGGAGAAUGCUGCGGAUCACACAGGAGAUAAAACUAUGUAAAAUAGGCUCCCUGCCUCUCUCUCUUGCUGUCGCUGAAGAGGAGGAUCCACCUGAGCAGCAGCACUGUGAGCAAGAGUGGAAUCCCAGUCUGGUGCAGGAGGACCCAAAGCCCACACCGAUUAUAGAGGAAGAGCAGAUUCAAGGGCUGGAGCCUGAUAUCAUAGAGUUCAAAUUCACUCCUUCCUGUGUGAAAAGUGAAUGUGAUCAGGAGGACCCACUUUGGUCCUUGACUCUUCCUAAAACCCAGAUUGUGGAGCACGUAGAUAUUGACUCUAAACGAGUGGAUCCUGAACCUUUUGCCACUGUGACCCACCUGAAGGGUUUCGACAUUUCCUGUGACCCUCCAGAUAAUCAAAACAAUGCCUCUAUCCACAGCUCAGCCAUAAGCAGCAACCCAGUAGGACUUGACAGCAGCCCACCAUUGGCUCCGACCCCACCAAUGGGGAAACCCUGCAACUACCCCUUUUAUGGCAAGACAUUCAAACAAAAAGGAAAUCUGUCCAUGCACAUGCGUAUUCACACAGGAGAGAUGCCAUUUAGCUGUGGUGACUGUGGGAAGUGCUUUAUUCAGAAGGGUGACUUACGGAGACAUAUACUGACUCACACAGGAGAGAAACCAUUUAGCUGUAAUUUUUGCAGUAAAAGCUUCAAUCAGAAGGGGGACCUAAGGAGGCAUAUACUGACUCACACAGGAGAGAAACCGUUUAGCUGUGGCGACUGUGGGAAAAGCUUCAGUCAGAAGGGGGACCUAAGGAGGCAUAUACUGACUCACACAGGAGAGAAACCGUUUAGCUGUGGCGACUGUGGGAAAAGCUUCCGUCUCAAGGGGAACCUAACCACUCAUACACUCACUCACAAAGGAGUGAAACAACAUGGCUGUGCAUUCUGUGGUUUAAGAUUCACUCACAAGGCUUAUCUGCUGAAGCAUGUGCAUAAAGUCCACAAAGAAAGAAAACAGGAUGAAAACUGAAAGGAAAGAUAAUUCGGACAAAGACAUCUGUCUGAAGAUGGGAAUAAAAAAAAACAGGAUGUGUAUAACACUCCUAGGAAAGCAAAGCAACUCUGGAUCAUUCAUGGUCUGCGUUACAGAUAGAUAGAUGUGUGAUUCAUUUACUUUUGUAAAGCCUGUGUAAAUAAAGUUUGAUAUGAUUUGAAUGACGAGGUAAUGAUCAAACAGUAGUACACUGUAUAAUGGGAAUCUUACAGAUCUGAGGGGUAUGCUAAUCAAAUCAAAUAUAUUUAUGAAUCUGUUUUUUCAGCAGAUGUCAAAGUGCUAUACAGAAACCCAGCCUAAAACCCCAAACAGCAAGCAACGCAGAUGUAGAAGCACGGUGGAUAGUAUACCCCUUUGCAGUACAAACAACAACAAAGUGGACACCCCGACGCUUUUUCGGUAAACAGCUGAGGGAGAAAGAAAUGUUUAAACACUCAAAUUCAGACUACGGUCUACGGAUGGAAGGACUGGCCACUCAUGAGAUCAAAAUGAUAUUUUUAACCAUCUUUUGAGGCUAUAUAGUGUUUGUUUACAAUCACAUUGUUUGCAAAUAAUGGAGUAAAACAAGAUUUUAGGUUCUGAUGUUUUGUGAUCUGAUGAGGUGACUGUUGAACUGAGCUCAUGAUAUACACUAUAUGAUCAAAAGUAUGUGGACAUCUGCUUGUCGAACAUCUCAUUCCAAAAUCAUGGUCAUUAAUAUGGAGUUGGUCCCCCCUUUGCUGCUAUAACAGCCUCCACUCCUGUGGAAAGGCUUUCCACUAGAUGUUGGAACAUUGCUGUGAGGACUUGCUUCCAUUCAGCCACAAGAGCAUUAGUGAGGUCGGGCACUGAUGUUGGGCGAUUAGGCCUGGCUCGCAGUCGGCACCCCAAUUCAUCCCAAAGGUGUUUGAUGAGGUUGAGGUCAGGGCUCUGCAGCCCAGUCAAAUUAUCCCACACCGAUCUCAACAAACCAUUUCUGUAUGGACCUCGCUUUGUGCAUGGGGGCAUUGUCAUACUGAAACAAGAAAGGGCCUUCCCCGAACUGUUGCCACAAAUCUGGAGGCACAGAAUCGUCUAGAAUAUCAUUUCAUUCUGUAACGUCAUGAUUUCCCUUCACUGGAACUAAGGGCCCCCUAGCCUGAACCAUAAAAAACAGCUCCAGACCAUUAUUCCUCCUCUGCCAAACUUUACAGUUGGCACUAUGCAUUGGGACAGGUAGCGUUCUCCUGGCAUCCGCCAAACCCAGAUUUGUCUGCCAGACUGCCAGAUGUGACGCGUGAAUCAUCACUCCAGAGAACACGUUUCCACUGCUCCAGAGUCCAAUGGCGGUGAGUUUCACACCACGCUUGGCAUUGUGCGUGGUGGUCUGUGUGUUUGUGUGGCCUACAACUUCGCAGCGUUGCUCCAAAACGUUUCCUCUUCUCAAUAACAGCACUUACAGUUGACCGGGAAAGCUCUAGCAGAGCAGAUAUUUAAUGAACAGACUUCAGUAAGGCCAUUCUACUGCCAAUGUCUGUCUAUGGAGAUUGCAUGGCUGUGUGCUCAAUUUUAUACACCUGUAUAGCCGACUCCACUAAUUCAAAGGGGUGUCCACAUACGUUUGUAUAUAGUGUAUCAAAGAUGAGGGACUGUUGAUAUUGCAACUACACAACUCAAAUGCCGGUUCACCAGUAUGUACUAAAUCGCAAACAGCUUUUUUUGUUCAAGCCCUCAAGAACUGUUGUCUGCUGAAGGUGAUAAUCUGUUUGCAUCUGCCAAUUUAUUGGCUGUCCAGUAUCCAGUAUGACCUGUCCCCAGAGCUUCAUAUACAACUAAUCUCUUUCCAGAACGUGUUGAGACCAGCAAUUAAGGAGGAUGAGUGGCUCAAUUAAAGAUGUUACAGAACUGCUGUAACUCCCUUCUGCGCAGUUUCCCUGAUGUUGCUACCGCUAUCAAGCUGUUUUUCAGUGGUGGAAAAAGUACUCAAUAGUCAUACUUGAGGAAAAGUGAAAGUCACCUAGUAAAAUAUUACUUCAGUAAAAGUCUAAUAGUAUUUGGUUUUAAAUAUACUUAAGUAUCAAAUGUAAAUGGAUUUGUUGAAAUGUACUUAAGUACCAAAAGUAAAAACUAUUUGAAAUUCCUUAUAUUAAGCAAACCAGAGGGCACAAUUUAUUUUACUUUUUAAUUGUUAUUGAAGGACAGCCAGAGGCACACUCCCAACACAUUUAUAAACUAAACAUUUGUGUUUAGUGAGUCCGCCAGAUUAGAGGCAGCAGGGUUGACCAGGGAUGUUCUCUUUAUAAGUGUGAAUUGGACUAUUUUCCAGACAAAAUUUAAGAGUAGGUGUCAGGGAAAAUGUAUGGAGUAAAAAGUACAUUAUUUUCUUUAGAAAUGUAGUAAAGUAAAAGUUGGCAAAAUAAAAAUAGUUAAGUAAAGUACAGAUACCCCAAAAACAUCUUAAAUAAAAAUAAUUUAAAGUGCUACUUAAGUACUUUACACCACUGCUAUUUUAACAUCCCUGUAACUGUCACUUCAGAGCUCAGGCUCUGAAGCCAGGAUAUGCAUAUAAUUGGUACCAUUGGAAAAAAAAACUUUGAAGUUUGUAUAAAUGUUCAAAUGAUGUAGGAGAAUAUAACACAAUAGAUAUGGUAGGAGAAAAUCCAAAGAAAAACCAAUCUGAAUUUUUUUUUUUAGAGACCAUGCUCUUACAAUGGCAAGUAUAAGUGCAUUCUGAAAAUUACCUCCCAGGAUGCAAUUCAUAUGACUUCCACGGGGUGUCAGCAGUCUAUGUUCAAGGUUACAGGCUUGUAACUUCCAAAACAAAUAAGAAAUAUCAGUUUUAGAUCAGGGACACAGUCUUGGAAAUGCACACGCCAUGAAGCAAGGACGCACCUGCUAAAAUCGGUUUCCUAUUGAACAUACUUCUUUCCGUAAGAAAUAUUAUAGUUUUCAUUCUGUGUAAACAUAAUGGACAAUAACGUUUUUCUUAUCCUUUUAUCUUAACGCAAGGCAACACAGUAUUAUUCAUGCUGUGGGUCUCAGAAAUAGAUGUGCGAUGCAUUUACUAUUGUAAAACAUGGAAAUCAGGUUUGAUUUGGUUUGAUUGAUGGUAAUGAUCAAAGGUACUGAUCUGAGGUACUCAGAUUCCUGGAUCUGAGUACCUCCCUGACCCUUCUCCGAAUGCAAUCACAUUCAGGGCCAUCUGAUUGGUCCAGAUACCCCUGAGUUGGGCCAGAGCCAGAAAUCACUUGGGUAAAGUGGCGAUUUGAAAAUUCUUCAUUGGCUUUGACACUGUGAUUGUUUAGAAAUCAUCUAAUUGCUGAUGAAUUUGUUUUGUACAAUGCCCGUCUUUUCCUUCAUCACACAAACGACUAAAGAACGUAGCGAACGACAGCGCAGCAUAAUAAGAGCUGCCCGUCAGUCAGGAGCUGCCAGAGCCGCCCGUCAGUCAGGAGCUGCCAGAGUCGCCCGUCCGUCAGGAGCUGCUGGAGUCGCCCUUCACGCCGGCGCUGCCGGAGUCUCCCGCCUGCCCGGCGCUGCCGGAAUCUCCCGUCUAUUCGGGGCCCGCUGCAAGGGUCCCCAGUCCGAGGUCAGCUGCGAGGGUCACCGCUCCAAAUGCGCCACUUAAGUGGGCCAAGACUAUGGUGGAGUGGGGUCCACGUCCCGCGCCAGAGCCGCCACAGCGGACAGAUGCCCACCCAGACCCUCCCCUAUGGGGUUAGGUUUUGCGGCCGGAGUCCGCACCUUUGGGAGGGGGUACUGUCAUGUCCUGACCUUAGUUCCUUUUUUAUGUCUCUGUUUUAGGUUGGUCAGGGCAUGAGUUGGGGCGGGCAUUCUAUGUUUUUGUUCUAUGUUUUAUAUUUCUGCUUUUGGCUUGGUAUGGUUCCCAAUCAGAGGCAGCUGUCAAUUGUUGUCUCUGAUUGAGAACCAUACUUAGGUAGCCUGUGUUCCCACUAUGAUUGGUGGGUAGUUGUUUUCUGCUUUGUGUAUUCACCUGACAGAACUGUUUAGUUUCUUCCUUUCACUUUGUGAUUUUGUAUCAUGUGUUCAGUCUAAUAAAUUAACAUGGACACGCUG